GUAGCCAGGCAUCUAUUUUACCGGGCAUAUGCCCGGGCAACUUUUUGCUUUGCCCGCGUAUUUUAGGUGACAUAAAUUCAAGUUCAACGCAUUUCUAUAAACAGUCGGGAACACCGUGAUAGAGGAGUCCCGCCCACGGAACUGUCCCGGAUGCCGACUAAUAUCAAUUCUCAGCGUCUGAUUCGUUGAAUUCGCUCAAUGCAGGAGAAGAUGGAUGCGUCAGAGUCUAACGCUAAGCGUAGAAAGCGAAAGCGACAUACUGUGACUCUGAAUGACUUUUGGGGACCCAAAAGAAUUGAAAACGGUGACAAAACGGGCGAUUCAGACGAUAUGCCUAACAAAAUUCAGCAAGCCAUACCUGAAAGCGCUGAGUCUGCCUACGAAGCCCCGGAUGAUUCUGGUUCUGGAGAAGACAUGGCAAAUACCGAGCCUGGUAAUGCUAGGAGUACUGUGUGUUCAACAUCUUUGGAGAUCAUAUCAAAGUUGGACAUUUCCACGAGGUUUCAGAGCGGCCCUUCCCAACCGGUCUGUCAGUUUCCUUCUAAAAAUUUUGGAAAGGGAAAACACUCAUGUAGAAGAUCGUUUGUUGCCACCUGGUACACAACAUAUCCAUGGUUGGAAUACUCGAUAAAAUUUGACCGAGCCUACUGCUUUGCCUGUCGUCAUUACUGCCUUGGCAGUGCAAGCGGCCGUGCCGACACAGCGUUUACCAGUAUAGGUUUCGGCGACUGGAAGCAUGGUACUGGUAAUAAAGGAGCAUUUCUGAUCCAUGCCAGUUCGGCACAUCACAGGAAUGCUAUGGCAGAAUGGCAUGAGCGGCGACUGGAUGACUGUAACAGCCAGCGUCGACGAGUUGAAGACCUCUUUGCAGAAGAAGAUGAACGCGUUGUUCUUUCUAACAGACACUAUUUAAAAUGUCUGGCGGAGGUUAUCCUCUUGUGUGCUAAACAGAAUCUUGCACUUCGUGGGCACGAUGAAUCGGAGGAGUCAUCGAAUCCAGGCAAUUUUUUGGCUGUAUUUGAGCUUCUUGCAAGGCAUGAUCACGAAUUGUUCAAACGAAUUGAAACGCUCCCCGGUAACGUAAGUUAUAAGUCUCCAGAGAUUCAAAACGCUUUGAUCCAGUUGAUGGCUGAUAUGGUACGAGAGAAAAUAUGCAGUGAAGUACAAAGGAGUGGCUAUUUUUGUCUUAUUUGCGACGAAAGUAAAGAUGUAGCAAAGAAUGAACAGCUUGCAGUUGUUCUGCGCUAUGUUCUAGACGGGACUGUUCAUGAGCGGUUUAUAUCUUUCACACCUCUUGGCAACCUUGCAGCAGACGGGAUAGCAGAGGAGAUCUGUCAAGUGUUGACAAGGAACAAACUUACCUUGCAGAACUGCAUUGCUCAAACCUACGAUGGUGCUAGUGUCAUGAGCGGAAAGCACACCGGCGUUCAGAAGAGAAUCAGAGACAUUGCUCCGAAAGCCGUCUACACGCAUUGCUACGCACAUAGGCUGAACCUUGUUGUCGUUGAUUCUGUAAAGUCCGUCGAUUUUGACCAUAGAGAAAGAUGUAGUUGAAACGUUAGAUUUAGAGAGGGUAGUUACGAAAUUUGCAAGUUUAGAAUUUGGAAGAUGCCGAAGAUUAAGUCUAGUUAGCAAAAGCACAAAAUUUUAGUGCUCUAUAGAACAGCUUGUAUUCUAACUGAGCUAAUUAUGAGUACAUGAUUAGGUUUUGUUCGAUUGGUUUGUGAAAUUGAUGGAUAUGGGCAAUGCC